AGGAGAUGACCAGAGACUGUGGACACAGUACAGGGGAUGACCAGAGACUGUGGACACAGUACAGGAGAUGACCAGAGACUGCAGACAGUACAGGAGAUGACCAGAGACUAUGGACAUAGUACAGGGGGAGGUGACCAGAGACUGCGGACAUAGUACAGGAGAUGACCAGGGACUGCAGACAGUACAGGAGAUGACCAGAGACUACAGACAUAGUACAGGGGAUGACCAGAGACUGCAGACAGUACAGGAGAUGACCAGAGACUACUGGGACACAGUACAGGAGAUGACCAGAGACUACAGACACAGUACAGGAGAUGACCAGAGACUGCAGACAUAGUACAGGAGAUGACCAGAGACUACGGACACAGUACAGGAGAUGACCAGAGACUGCAGACAUAGUACAGGAGAUGACCAGAGACUGCGGACACAGUACAGGAGAUGACCAGAGACUACAGACACGGUACAGG